AUGAAGCUCGCCUUCGCUGCAGUAAUUGUAGCUCUUGCUUCCGUCGUCGAGUUUGCCGCGGGAGCAGCAUCCCCGACUCCCACACGCCGCCUCGAAGGCUAUCGACGACUCUUGCCGUUCUGGAGUCCCCGUCCCAGUCGCCGCCGCGCACUAUCGCCCGCCAUACCCGCUCCAUCAACAGCUGCCCGUAAACGCGACGACCCUGCGCCUGCCUCUGCUCCACCAGCUGCGACCGUAUCCGACAUCUGGGAGAUCAAUGAUCCGUUUCCGGUCCUCGAAACAGGGUCCUUCACCGACUCAGUGCCAGCAUCUGGAUCGAGCAAUUCGCCCGCCCCGACGUCGGCCGAUCCGUUCGAGAUCUUAGAACCAGGGUUUGGGACGCCUACUGCUGAGCCAACAGCAGACCCAACGGCAGACCCAACGGCAGAUCCAACCUCUAUAUCAUCGCCGAGUGGCCUACCGGCCGCGGCGAGUGACUCAGUCUGGGAAGAUGCGGCCAACCAUGGAUGCCGGCUGGUCGAUGCAAUGCGCACCUCCGACCUUGAAGCAGGCAAGCUUUAUAGCCCUGCGAAACAGUCCGUGCAAAGCCCGCUGAUGAGCUUUGAGGACUUCACAAGCUGGGGUUGGAGCGCAAACGAGGUCAAUGGCGGCAACUUUACUGACUUCGAUGGUGGUCAGAAGCAGCCUGAUCCUGGUUGGGGUGUAGGACACGCUCUUAGAGAUUUGGGCGUCUCGGACAAGAUCAAGGCCCAAGGUGGCAAGAACGUGAUCAUUGACGCUAUUCAUGGGAAGGAGCCUUUCACGCAAGGAUACAAUAAGAAUGGCAAGUCCUAUCCGGCGACGGGUGCAGAAUUCAAAAUCGGUAUCAACGCCGAUGACGGAGGUAUGCCACCCAAAUUAUCAACCCCAUUCGCCUGUACUUACUCAGAGAUAGUCUUGAUGGCCAUGGAUCGGAUAUCGCCCGCCAGUGCGGCGAAGAAGCGAAGCCCCCCAGUCUCGGACGACCAGCUUCCGGAAGUGCACGCAUUUUCGGACAUCGGCUACCUGAAUUACAAGCACAUCCUCGGAAAAGACCCGAAGAGUCUGAAAUACAUGAUGUCUCUGAUGAUCACAAAUGACAAAACAGCGAGCAUCAUUGCCAGGGCUUUGGGUAGUGGAGGGCUCGGACCAUGGCCGGGAAAAUCGUUCAAUUGGCGUUCGAAAGAAUUCAAGGCGCUCCUCGGAUCACCUAACGGUAUGGGCUUCGGUUACCUCCUGGUACAACACAAGUCCCAGCUUGGAAGUAUGUCCAUCAAGGAAGCGCAAAUAUUCCAUGGCGAUACCUGGCACCACUUGCCCAACAUGGUCUUCACAAUGGAGGUGCAAAAUGGCCAAGAUCCGCCGCCCAAGCCAUCAGGUUCACCUCCCCAGAUGGUUGAGCCCCUCGUGACUGGCGUACCGGGAAAGCUGAGGCGUGAAGGAGCAGUGCCGGCGUAUCCUAAAAUGCGAUCUCAGGGCCCGAAGAAUUUUGUGAGGGCGCAUAUAAAACAUGUCGAGCUAUGA